AUGAAUCCAUUUGAGUAUCUUCCAGUCCGGUUCCAUUUUAAUGGAGAAUUCAUAAGAACAGGAAGACAAGUGCAGUACAUCGGUGCUCGGAUGGAGGUUUCCUUCAUAGAUAGGGAUAAAGUGUCCCUGCCUGAGAUUAUUGGCCACCUAAAGGACCACUGCAAUGUAAGUGAAAGGGCUCUUUUGCAUUGGCUUCUUCCUGGGAAAGAGCUCAACAAUGGUCUGAGGCUGCUUCUAGAUGACAAAGGCUGCUUAGAGGUAGCAGGUACCAUUGGGGAUGGAGAGGUAGCUGAAAUCUAUGUUGAAGAACUUAUUGCUUCGGAAGAAAGUGAAUGUGACGAAGGCAGUGAAUAUGAAGAGGAGGAAGGAACAAGUGAUGAAGAUGACUCACUGAAUGAGCAGGAAGUGCAAGAGGAAUUGGAUGAUGAAGGACCUGAGAUAGAAGAGGAUACUCAGCCUGUGCAUGCAGCCAAUGAAUUUUUAGGUGCAGCCAUUGUUCCAAGUGGUAAUAGAGCUGGGAUCCAACAACCAAUACAACUUGAUGAGGGAUGGAAAAAUUCAAGGAAAGACAAAGGCAAGCAAGUAGUUGUCCAUGAUCCAAAGUCUGGGGAUAGCAGUGACAGUGACUACUUACCUGGUGAUGAGUGUUCUUCUGAGGAUGAUGAUGAAGUUGUAGAAAUUCUGACCAAGUUCAGGGUGUUUAAAAGGAGGUUAAAGGCUGGACAGGUAGCCAACUUAGAUGAAGUCAUAUUGGACAGUCCCAAAGAGGUGCCAAAUUUGUAUGAGAUAGAGGAUGAAGGAAAUUUGACCCCAUAUGAUGGCAGCAGUGAUGAUGAGGAUUCAGUAGAAGAGAUGAGUGAUGGGGAUAUUCAGAAGUGUACUAGUAAGUGUCCAAGAUUUAAUAAGAAGGAACCAAUUCCUAAGUUUGAGAUUGGAAUGAAGUUUAGUGGAAAGAAACAAUUCAAGAAGGCAUGUAUCAAACAUGGUCUAGUUGAGAGGAAGCUUAUCAAAUUCUACAAGAACGAGGCAUCAAGAAUGAUUGCAGUAUGUGACUGGUCCACAUGUAAAUGGAGGUGCAUGGCUUCUGUCAAUUCUAGGAGUAGUAGUUGGCAGAUUGCUAGCUACAAUGCUGAGCAUACAUGUCCACCCAGAAGGGACAAUAGGUUGGUCACUGCUGGUAGAAUUGCUGCCAAGUAUGAGAAGAUGAUCAUUGCCAACCCUGCUUGGGGUCUUGACUCAAUGAAAACAACUGUGCAAGAGGACAUGUUUGCUGAUGUGAGUUUUAGCAAGCUUAAGAGGGCCAAGUCCAUGGUAAUGCAGAAGGCAUUAGAUGCUACUAAGGGUCAGUAUCUACUCUUGUACAAUUACCAGCUAGAGUUAUUGAGAAGUAAUCCUGGAAGCACAGUUAUUGUGAGAAGACAAGGUGAUACAGACAUUUUUCAGAGGAUGUACAUAUGCCUUGAUGCUUUGAAGAAAGGGUUUAAGGCAGGAUGUAGAAAAGUUGUUGGGCUAGAUGGGUGCUUCUUCAAGGGAGCUACAAAUGGUGAGCUGCUAUGUGCAAUUGGCAGAGAUGCAAACAGCCAAAUGUAUCCUAUUGCAUGGGCUGUGGUGGAGAAAGAAAAUAAUGAUAGUUGGGAUUGGUUUUGUGAUCUUUUGUUUAGAGAUAUAGAGGUGUAUGGUGGCACUGGAUGGGUUUUCAUAUCAGAUCAGCAAAAGGGAAUUUUGAAUGCAGUGCAGAAAUGGGCUCCAGAUGCUGAGCAUAGGAAUUGUGCUAGGCAUAUAUAUGCCAAUUGGAGGAAAAAGUUCAAAAAGAAGGAGUGGCAGAAGAAAUUUUGGGCUUGUGCAAAGGCCCCUUGUGUCACAUUGUUCAACCUAGCCAAGGCAAGACUUGCAAAGGAUACACAAGCUGGAGCUCAGGCUAUAAUGAACACUGAUCCACAUCACUGGAGCCGUGCCUGGUUCAGGUUAGGUUCUUUUUGUGAUUCAGUUGACAACAAUAUGUGUGAAUCUUUUAACAAAUGGAUUGUAGAGGCUAGAUACUUUCCAAUUAUUACCAUGCUUGAGACAAUUAGGAGAAAAGUCAUGGUUAGGAUUCAGCACAACAGGACCAAAUCAGAUGGGUGGAACACAGUCAUAUGCCCAAAUAUCUUGAAAAAAUUGAAUGCAUAUAUUAAUUUAUCUGGAGUUUGCCAUGCAAUAUGUAAUGGACAAGACCAAUUUGAAGUGGUUCACUGGAUUAACAGGUUCACUGUGGACCUGAACAAAAAUGAGUGUUCCUGUAGAUAUUGGCAACUAUCUGGAAUGCCAUGUCCUCAUGCCAUAUCUUGCAUUUUCUUCAAGACAAAUGAUCUGUCACCAUUCAUUGCUAGCUGCUACUCAGUGGAACAGUUCAAAAACACAUAUGACCAUUGUCUAUUGCCGGUGGAAGGAAUGAAUGCAUGGCCUGUUUCAGAGAAAACACCACUGAAGGCUCCUGGAUAUGUAAAGAUGCCAGGUAGGCCAAAGAAGGAAAGAAAGAGAGAAGCACAUGAGAAACCAAAGUCUGAAAAGGCCUCAAAGGUGGGCACAAUUAUCAGGUGUACGAAAUGCAUGCAAAUUGGUCACAACAGGUCCACAUGUGACAAAAGGAAUGGCCAGUCCCAUAAUGCUUCUCAGGUUUCAAGAGAACAAGGUGGAACUUCAUCAAGUGCACCUCACCAUAGCACUGCUGCAUCCAUGAAGAGGAAAGCAAAUACAACUCCAUGUACACAGAACAAAAGGACAAGGACAACCAAGGCUGGAGGUUCAAAUACAUUGGCCAAGACAUCUGCAAGUGCCAAAGUUGAUACAACUCCUUCUGGUUCAGCAACUAUGCACCUGCACUCCAAUGUGCCAUUUACCAAAGCUGGCUCAAGUGUGUCUAUCACUAUAAACUCAGGGAAAGCUGAAGUUCGUUUGAAUGCUCAAGGACCAUCCCCUCCAAAGAAGCUCCCGGUUAGAAGACCAGCCAAAGGCCCUAUGUUCUUUCUGCCAGCACCUGGUGAUGCCAUCUGA